AUGGAAAUCCGAUGUGUCGCACGUCCGCCGUUCACAUUGUUGUUGGACAGAAACCUGAGUGAUUCACUUUUCCGAUCGGCCUCAGGAGGCGUAACUCACAGCACUAUAUGAGCAAGUGCAGCCGAAGCGCAAAGGGACAAUCACACCAUCCUUCUCAGUGUGCGGAUAACCACAGUACUGUCACAUUCUCACAACCAUCGGGAGCUUUUUAAAAUAAAGGAGCACCAAAGGAUACCACAAGGAUUGUUGCCGCGGCAGUAUCCUAACAGUGGCAAUAACGAAGACAGGCAAGAUGAGUGUAAACGUGAACGACUUCAAUGACAUCUUGGACGCGCUGGGUGAUCUGAACUUCUCAUCCCUGGACGAUAACAUGUCCCACGUUGUGGGAGAGGUGUGUCACAGCGUCUUCAGCCAGAAAGCCUUGCUCUAUGCCCUUUCAGUUCUCUACAUCUUCCUCUUCAUCAUUGGCCUAGCCGCCAAUGCUCUGGUGGUGUGGGUGAACGUGCGAGCUGAGAGGAACCGUUACGAGACUCACUUGUAUAUCCUGAACCUGGCCAUUGCUGACCUCUGCGUGGUGGCCACUCUUCCAGUCUACAUUAGUUCUCUGCUUCAGCUCGGGCACUGGCCAUUUGGAGAUGCCAUGUGCAAAAUCACACACCUGAUCUUCAGCGUCAACCUCUUCAGCAGUAUCUUCUUCCUCACCUGUAUGAGUGUGGAUCGCUACCUCUCUGUGACUCUUUUUGGAGACAGUCCCAGCCAGAAGAAGAAAAGGACCAGGCAGCUAAUCUGUGUUGGCAUUUGGUUGCUGGCCCUGAUCGCUGCCCUGCCUGAAACGUACUUCCUCCAGGCUGUAAAGUCAAGCCAUUCAGACAGCAUUGUAUGUAAGCCUGUCUACCCAAUGGACAGUAUGAAGGAAUGGACGGUGGGCAUCCAAAUGAGCUUCAUCAUGUUAGGCUUUGCCAUCCCAGUUCCUGUCAUCGCAGUGUUUUAUGUCCUUUUGGCUGGUACCAUUCAACCAUCGGCUGACCAUGAACGGCGAAUCAGUCGUCGCCUCAUUUUUACCUACAUUGUGGUGUUCGUAGUGUGUUGGCUGCCUUACCAUGGAGCACUGCUGCUUGAUACGUUAGCCCUCCUCAACAUUCUGCCCUUCAACUGCACAUUGGAGAACGUCCUCUAUGCUGCCCUAAAUCUUACCCAGUGGUUCUCCCUCCUUCACUGUUGCGUGAACCCCAUCAUCUACAACUUCAUCAACAAGAACUAUCGCUAUGACCUCAUGAAAGCAUUCAUCUUCAAGUACUCAACCAAAACUGGCCUCGCUAGGCUUAUCGAUGCCUCACAUGUGUCUGAGACAGAAUACUCUGCUGUUGCUGUAGAGAGCCAAGGUCCAUUAUGAAAAUUUCACAGUGGUGUUGAUCAACACCAAACUGCCAUUAAAAGAUAUUAACGGGGAACAGUGAUGAAGAGAUAAUACUCUCUGUCUUGUUAUUGAGACACAAAAGUAUAUGUUUUGUAAAAUAGCAAAACAGGAAACUUUAUGUACAUACAGUUUAUGCUCCUUUAUACACAAAGGAAUGUUUAUAUCUUUUGUACAUUUUUACGACCUUUAUAGAUGUUUUGAGAAAGCACUUGUACCGACUUGAUUUGUAAGUAAAGUAUCCUUGUUAACUGCAUGUAGCUAGGGGUAUAUGUGUCAGUGAAUUUGGUGGAAAGGUCUCUUCCUUUUCCAAAGCCAAAAUGAGCCACAGAGAGACUCUCCACUUAUCUGUGUUUUUUAUCCAUCAGCCAGCAAGGCUCCAGCAUGUUACUAGACUAAAGGUCACGGUUUCAUACACUUUAAUGUUCAACUAUGACUAUGGCAAAAGGAAGUGAAAUAUGGAAACCCAAACAAUUGUGGAGAGAAACAUAGGUCCAAAUAAAGAUUAGAUUUAGCUAAUUGAUGCAGUAUACUUGUUGUGGAAAAUAAUACACUUUUAUGCAUACAAGUGCAUUUCAGCAACAAUGUUAGGAGCAUUUGUACAUGAUUUGUAAAUAAUAUGAUAUUUAUAUACUCAUGAGUGUGUAUGUUCAGUAUUUUGAAGUAUUUUCUGACAUUUAAAAUAUACAUUAUUGAAAUAAAAGAUGUAUCGUUCUUGCAA